CUUCCAAUUUCCAAGACCCCCCCUCUCUCUCUCCCACCCUCACCAUUUUCUAGGGUUUCACGUACUCCAUCCCCAAUUCGUCUCCGAUCUCGUCUCUAGGGCUAGUCCAUAUCGUCGGCGAGGCUCACGGUGAUCGCCGGUUUCCCCCUUUUUUAGGGUUUCACGAGCUCCGUCCUCCCCAGUUGGUCUUCGCCCUUGUCUCUAGGGCUCGUCCAUGGCGCCGGCGGCGGCGAGGCUCACGGCGAACGCGAUCGCCGCCGUGAGCGGCGGCGAUCUGAACCUGAAGCCGGUGGUGCAGGUGGUGGAGCUGAAGCAGGUCCCCGGCGCAGCCCAGGAGCGGUUCCGGGCGCUGGUCUCGGACGGCUCCGCGGCGCACCAGGCGCUCUUGGCGACGCAGCUCAACGCGCUAGUCAAAGCGCGGCGGCUGCGACGGGGAUCCGUCGUCCAGCUCCUCGAGUACAUAUGUAGCACCGUACAGAAUCGUAGGAUUAUUAUUAUUCUGAACAUGGAAGUAAUAAUUCCUGAGUGUGAGAUUAUUGGUAAUCCAAGCCUCCCUCCUGAAGCUGAACCAGUCUCUCAGAAUGUUUCAUCUACUAACAAUUCAGGCAGCUUUACAAGGGAGACACUUAAUGGUUCAGCUGGCUCGGAUUCAAAUUCAGUAGCACGACUUGUUUCUAAGUCAUCUGCUAAUCCUGCUAAUGGUGCCCCAAGCUUUCCACCAACAAUUCAACCUUCUUACAAGCCUCCUCCAAUGUACAAAAACCGUGGCGCAAUCAUGAAGAAUGAGGCACCGGCUCGUAUAAUACCAAUAGCCGCUCUAAAUCCUUAUCAGGGGCGAUGGGCCAUCAAAGCUAGAGUAACUGCCAAAGGAGAUAUCCGCCGUUAUAAUAAUGCCAAGGGAGAUGGGAAAGUGUUCUCCUUUGAUCUCCUCGAUUCAGAUGGAGGAGAGAUACGAGUGACCUGCUUUAAUUCUGUCGUAGAUCGUUUCUACGAGGUCGUAGAGGUAGGAAAGGUUUAUGUGAUGUCAAAGGGCAGUUUGAAGCCAGCAAAGAAGAACUUCAACCAUCUUAACAAUGAGUGGGAGAUAUUUUUGGAGGCAGCCUCGACUGUGGAGCCAUGUCCAGAUGAGAAUGACUCUAUACCGACCCAGCAGUUUAAUUUCAGGCCAAUCAGUGAAAUCGAGAAUGCAGAGAACAACUCUAUUCUGGAUAUCAUCGGGAUUGUUACAUCCGUGAACCCUUCAGUCACUAUACUGAGGAAAAAUGGCAUGGAAACUCAGAGAAGGAUUAUGAAUUUGAAGGAUGAGUCCGGUAAAAGUGUUGAGUUAACUUUGUGGGGUGAAUUUUGCAACAAAGAAGGUAGCCAGCUCCAAGAAGCACUUGAUUCUGGAUUCUUCCCCGUGUUAGCUGUUAAGGCGGGAAAGGUGAAUGAUUUCAGUGGUAAAUCAGUGGGCACAAUCUCUUCCACACAACUUUUUAUGAAUCCUAAUCUUCCAGAAGCUGAUAGAUUAAAAGUGUGGUUUGAUGGAGGGGGAAAGAAUGCUGCUUCGCAAUCUAUAUCAAAGGAUGUUAUGCCUGCGUUUUCUCAGAAUUUGAUCCGGAAAACCAUAUCACAGAUAAAGGACGAGGGCCUUGGCAGGGGAGAAAGGCCCGACUGGGUCACAGUGAAAGCGACCGUCUCGUUCAUUAAGGCGGACAACUUUUGUUACACUGCUUGUCCAUUGAUGAUUGGUGAUAGGCAAUGCAAUAAGAAGGUGACGAAAGUUGCUGGUGGGAACUGGUGCUGUGAUAGAUGCGAUAAAGAGUUUGAAGAGUGCGAUUAUAGGUAUCUUCUCCAGGUACAGGUUCAAGAUCACACAGGGCUUACCUGGGUGACAGCUUUCCAGGAGUCAGGAGAGGAUAUUCUGGGUUGCUCGGCAAAGGAGUUAUACAAGCUCAAGUACGAAGAGAAUGAUGAUAUUAGGUUUCCAGAAAUCAUGCGGCGUAGUCUAUUUGAGCAGUACCUAUUCAGGCUGAAAAUUAAGGAGGAACUGUAUGGAGAUGAGCAGAAGGUAAAGAUUACAGCAGUUAAAGCAGAGAAAGUGAAUCCUUCGAUGGAAAGUCGAUAUCUACUGGACUUGAUUGGACGGCACUCUGUGUAAGAACCUCGCAUUGGAAGAGGCUGCACAGCUGAUUCAUCAUCUCAAGGAACACUUACACCUAAAGAGUUGAUUUUCAUACUGACCCAAUUGAUUUUUUUCUUUUUUUAAAUAACAUUAAACAAGUAAGAUCUGCAGUUAUUGUGGCAAGAGUGCUGUCUGCACUCGUCAGUUAGGUGUUGAAGGUCCUUUCAGUAUCUUCCACAUUCAAAACUGCUUCGCCUUUGGGGUUCUUUUCUUCUGUUUUUUUUUGUUUUUUGUUUUUUGUUUCUCCUGAAGAUAAGGUGCUCUUCUUGUAAUCCUCUCAUACAACAAUACUCUCCAUUAGACAUUUAAUCAAGCCUUUAGUCUGUAAAAACCAAACCAUUGAAAUGAAUUCUUUUCAUUCCUAGAGUUUUUGGGA